UCCCUAAGAGCAUUUGAAAGCCCAAGAAGCCCUCAAUGUUCCCCAUCCUGCAAUAUAUACGUGUGUGUGUGUGUGUGUGUGUGUGUGUGUGUGUGUGUGUGUUUGCCUGCUGCCAUACCCAGUGUUCUUUCCUCUCACUCCCGAUUUGUUGACAGCCGUCUAAGAACAGAGGCAUCAUCUUUGUCAGAUGAGGGCCUGAAUUAGAAAAGGCUCCACAGCAGCCUUCUCCACAGUCUCCCUGGAGCCUGGCUGCCCUGGAAUGGAAGAAAGGAAGAAGGGAAGGGGAGAGAGGCCUCCUUAAUCUCUUAGCUAGUUUCUGAGAAGCUGAACUCCCUGAGGGCUCCUCCAAGGGUGACCGGAAAUGCUUUUUCUGGUGCCCCUUUUCCAGUGAAAUUGCCUUUGCUCGAGGAACCAAGCUUUUGUUUUUGUAGUGGUUAAGGGUUGAGGUAGGAGAAUAGAGGGUGUGGGUAUUUUCACAGAGUUCUAGGCAGAGCUGCACCAAACCCUGAAAAGAACAGGCCACUGCUUUCUCAAUUGGAGAAGUAAAAUGGCCCAUCCUUACAGGCAGCAAGGGUUUAGUCUGAAUUUGAUUGGCUGCUGCCCCGUGUGUGUGUGUGUGUGUGUGUGUGUGUGUGUGUCUGUCUGUCUGUCUGUCUGUCUGUCUGUCUGUGUCUGUGGUUGAGGUGACAAUGGGAACUUGGCUAGCACGGGCACAGGCUGGAGGCAUGGUCAGGCUAGAGGGUGUGAGGUGGCCUGGCAGUUCCCUGUGGACAGGACUACAGCAAGAGAGGCCCAGUGGCCUCUUUUCCUGUUUCUAAUGAGGAAUUCGUGUGGAUAAGUGUAACUCCCAUGGGGCAGCCACUGGCAGGUUGUCUGUUGUGAAAGGAGGUUUGGUUUUUCCAGGCUCCUGUGGUCCCUGCCUUACCAUUCUUAGGGUUACAGGCAGUUCCUGCAUGACGGCUCUCCUUCAAAUUCUGGCUUCUGCAGGAAAUGGAGGUCUUGCUUUCAGUAGCUUGUUCAUCUUGGGGUGGAUAUGGGCAGGAACCAACUGACUGUCGUAACCCUCUAGAGGGAGAGUGGAAGGAAACCUCAGUUGGGAGGAGGUUGCCUUCUAGAGCAAGAAUUGGCUAAGAGAUGAGGCUGAAAAGUUCCCGAGUCACUGACCCUGCCGAGCACACCAUAUCUAGCCCAGUUGGGCUUGCUUCAGGAUGUCAUUCAUUAGUUCAAUCAACAAAUAUCAACUGAAUUCCUCUUCCUCUCCAGUGCUUUGAUGGAUGCUGGGAACAUUUGGCAAAGCUGGAGUCACUGCCCUUAACGACAGGAAAGAUUAAAAUAAGUUACUACAGAGUGAGAGAGGACACAGCUGGGCCUUCCCUGGGAUUGGGGUGGAGUGUGACUGCUCUCCUAAAAAGAUGCUGGGGCUGAAGCUGAGCUUAGCUUAGGUGUCGAUGGGCAUUGGGGAGCUUCUGGCUGAGGACCUGGAAAAAGGUAGACCGGGACUACUCCAGGUCAGACCAUCUUGUUAAAAGGGUUCAUGGGAGUCUUUGCUCACCAGCCACUGGUCCUCCACAUCUCUUAGAAAUAUCUGGAGAUAUGGAAAAGCCUCACAGACACUGGGCUGUGGCUGCCCCAUGGCUGCAGCGGUAUGAAGGGGACCAGCCACCCUGGUUACCAGUCACGGCCGGGAACCUACCACUCUAGGAAGUAGCUGGAAUGUUUUCUAAGGCUAGGUUCCCUGGAGGCAAGCUGACCAGACAUGAGGAGGGCAGAGCUUGCUACUCUUCAUUCCAGGGCCUGUGAAUGAGCUUCUGUGAAGGUGUUGAUGGUGCAUGUUCCAGUUCUGGCUGCUUCUGCAUCCCAGAGUCUGGAGUCUUGGAAUUCCACGCAUCUCUCCUGCUUUCUACCGGGGCUGUCUUGAGCCCCAAGCUCUGAACACCCUAACCACAGUGGGGUCUGGGUGAACUUGUCUGGCAGCAGGCAAUAUGGAAGAAAGAAAGUGCCAGGGGUUCCCAGGACUGCUCAGUAUUCAGGGGACAGGCCCAGCCACUGACUAUAAAUGCUACCCUAUAGCUUCUCUUCAUUCUCUGAAUUACAUAAGGUCACUCCCCGGUCACUCAUCUCUAAACACUUCAGUGUGCUUCUCUGAAAAACAUGGACAUGCAUAUAUAGUAAAAUUCCAUUAUCUCACUGAAUAAAAUCAGUUUUUCAGACUGGCUUCAAACUCUCUGUUUAGCUGAGGAGGUCAGAAAGGCUUCGGUCCCUUGGUUUUUUUUUUUUUUUUUGGUUCUUUUUUUUUCGGAGCUGGGGACCAACCCAGGGCCUUGCGCUUCCUAGGCAAGCGCUCUACCACUGAGCUAAAUCCCCAACCCUCGGUCCCCUGGUUUUAAGCUGCUGUGUGAAUGCUGGGAGUUGAACCUGGGUCCUUGGUAAGAGCAAAAAGUGUUCUUAACCAUUGUUCAAGCCCUUCUUAAUAUAUUUGAAUUAAAUUAAUUUGCACAGUGCUGUGGCAUUGCCACAUGUUAAGCAGGCACUCUACUGUGGUGUUCUAUCUCCAGGUUUCCAAAUGUUGGUCUGUGUCUCCUUUCUUAAUAGAACCUCACUCCAUCGACCAGGCUAGCCUCAGACUCACAGAGAUCCACACGCCUCUGCAUUCCAAGCGCUAAGACCAAAGCCACACCACCAUGUUCCGCUUCCAUGCCCACCUCCCAGACUUAGCUCAUCUUUAAUUGACUCAGACUCCGGUCCUCUGCAAGAUCUCAGGCUGCCCCUGAGCUGGGCCACAGUGGUCAGCCAUCCUCACAGAGAUUCAGUGUCAUCAGCUCUGAAGACUUUGACCAGGAGCUUAUUGUGAAACCUAUCAAAGUGAAGAAGAGGAGGAGGAAGCGCAAGCCAGUAGGUACUUGAACAUACGAGUCCUGUUGGCACUUUGGCAACUGAAGCUAGCCUGAUGAGUCUUAGGUUCCUACUGCUGUCUCUGGAGCAUGGCAGGCUGCUGAGCUUGAGUGGCAGUGUCAAGUAGGAGCUGUGUGUCUUGCCCAGGGGCAGGGAGGGUGUCCAUGGCUGCAGCCAACAGAGGCAGUAAGCCCAGAGUCCGAAGUAUCCGCUUUGCCGCAGGCCAUGAUGCAGAAGGCUCCCAGAGCCACGUCCACUUUGAUGAAAAGCUGCAUGACUCGGUGGUCAUGGUUACUCAGGAGAGUGACAACAGCUUUCUAGUCAAGGUAGGCUUCCUGAAGAUCUUGCACAGGUAUGAGAUUACUUUCACGCUGCCUGCAGUGCGCAGACUGAGCAAGGACAUCCGUGAGGCCCCUGUCCACAGCUUGCACCUCAAGCUCCUCAGUGUCACGCCCAUCCCUGAAGGUUACAGCAUCAAGUGUGAGUACUCAGCUCACAAAGAAGGUGUCCUCAAAGAGGAGAUGCUCCUGGCCUGCGAGGGUGACAUAGGCACCUGCGUGCAUGUGACGGUGCAAGCACGGGUCAUGGACCGGCACCACGGUACACCCAUGCUGCUGGAUGGUGUCAAGUGUGUGGGCGCCGAGCUGGAGUAUGACUCGGAACACAGCGACUGGCACGGCUUCGACUGAGGCCUGGGGCUGUGCCUGCCUGCCUGCCUGCCUGCCUGAGCCCCUGAGCCUUAAAGUCCACCUGCUCCCCGACAUGCUGCGUGAUGGUGUGGCUUCCUCACCUCUCCCCUGGUGGGCAUGGCAGGGUUAGACCUUGCUCAUGCCCCCCCACUUCUGCCUUCAUUCCUACCACACCCUGCCUCUCCACAGUCUCCUCCCCCACUUCCUCCUCUCCCAUGUGCCUGAGUCUCCUGACAGAAGAAAUGGGUUGAGCCCUGAGGAGGCUGUCUGAGAGGAGGGACCUGGGGUGGGACUUACCUCUUCCACCCCAAGCCAUAGGGGCUCUAGCUAGGGAUUGGGGGAGGACCGAGUGGCUGUCUCUGUGACAUUGAUGCCCCAUUGCUGCUGCUAUUGUCGUCUCCCUUCUCCACCUCUGCUGCCCUCAUCUUCUUCCCCACUGCUGUUCGUGUGGUGAGGAGGUACAGUUCCUAGCUCCUACCCCUCAGGUCUGUGGUACUUGGUUUUUAAAUGACUGGUUGGGAUAGAGACCUCAAUAAAUAAAAACUCUAGUAGAUUUCA